AUUAUUGAUGUUAUUCAUGAGCUAUUGUUUUUCAUAAAGCUUUUAUAUUUAAUAUUGUUUUCUCCUCACUCAAUAUUGAAAAAAUUGUUGUGCAUAUUUCUCCAGUACUUUUUAGCUGUUCAAAAAAAAAAAAAAAAAAAAAGAAAAAGAAAAAGAAAAGGGCAAAUUGUUGUGGGAUGAAUGUUUGCUUCUAUAGGUUGGUUUUUAGAAAAACAUAUGAAUGUUAUAUUACUAAUUACCUCCAAAUAUAAUGAGCUCCUUUGUAGCAUAAAAGUCGAUUUUCAUGGGUUAUGACUGUGACCUUCUUGGCUACUUUUAUGUAUUUUUGUGAGCUACAAACUAACUAAUUGCCUGUGUUUUGUCAUAAUGUGCUGAUCACGUUAUGAUUCUUUGUUUGUGCUGCUGUUGUUCUGUAUUGCUGUUGCGGCUCACAGGAAAGUCUUAUAGAUUUUUCUCAUCAACUAAUAAUUAUUCAUAUUGCUAAUUGUUUUAAAUUAAUUCAAACUGUGAUUGAGCUGUAUUAAAUCUACUUGAACUUCACAUGGUUCAAGUUCUUAAUGAUGAUAUGAUAAGCUCAUAUGGUGAAGAUCGGUUGGCUCUUUAAAACAAAAAUGUUUUUUAAAAUGAUACAUAGGGUCUGGGUUGAAAUGGUAAGUGUCUCUUGUCCAAACUAUCUAUUGAGAAUACCUACUAAAUAUUAUAUUUGUUUUGGUUUUAGUUCCGAACAGAGCAUCUGAAUCUGUUAGAUUAUCUUUGCACUUAGCAUGUACUCUUUCAGUUUUACCGAUUAGCCUCUUACUUGUCACCAUAUGUAUGCCUCUGACCACAAUCAGAAGCAGAAGAUGAAUCUUGAAAUUUAAAAGGAUUGUAGCCUUGUAGGUUCCAACAGUAUUAUUUUCAAAGUAAAUUAAGAAAUGAGCUGUAGAAAGCUAUGUCGCCUCCUGUUGUUUUCACACAUGUUUCUACUUCAUCCAUGUCAUCAUCAGUUCAUAUAUCAUUUGCUUAAAGUAUGUUUGAAGGCCCUGAAAAGAACUCUUAUUUAGUUAUUUACUGUACGAUCUUUGUUGAAUGAACUUAUGGUGAUUUCUGCAGAUUCGAGAAAGCAGGAAAAGUUUGAAAUGGCAACAAAAUCAGAAGUGUUUUCUUCUGAUUUUUUGAUGGGAGGUACAGCAGCCAUCAUAUCAAAAAGUGCGGCAGCACCAAUUGAUAGAGUAAAACUUAUACUGCAAAAUCAAGGUGAGCUGUUGAAAAGAGGUCAACUGAACAGACCAUAUAUGGGAGUCGGUGAUUGCUUCAAAAGGGUUUUCAAAGAAGAAGGCUUUUUCUCAUUUUGGAGGGGUAAUCACGUCAAUGUCAUUCGAUAUUUUCCAACUCAGGCUUUCAAUUUUGCAUUCAAGGGUUACUUCAAAAGUCUAUUUGGGCAGUCAAAAGAGAGAGAUGGGUAUCUGAGGUGGUUUGUUGGCAAUGUUGCUUCAGGGAGUGCUGCGGGGGCCACCACUUCAUUUUUUCUGUAUCAUUUGGAGUACGCCCGUACCCGUUUAGCAACUGAUUCGGUUGGUAAUUCAACCAUCAAAAAGCGACAAUAUAAUGGGCUAUUCGAUGUAUACCGCAAGACCCUUGCAACUGAUGGCAUUCGAGGGUUGUACCGUGGAUUUGGGAUUUCAAUAGUGGGGAUUACUCUGUAUAGAGGGAUGUAUUUUGGGUUAUAUGACAGCUUGAAGCCUGUUGUCUUAGUUGGAUCAUUUCAGGAUAAUUUUGUUGCCAGUUUUUUCUUGGGUUGGAGUGUGACAACAUUUUCUGGUGUUUGUGCUUACCCAUUUGACACAUUAAGGCGGAGAAUGAUGUUGACUUCUGGUCAACCAUCUAAGUAUCGUCACACUGUACAUGCAUUGACUGAAAUCAUUCGUUAUGAGGGUUUCUGGUCAUUAUACCGAGGAGUUACUGCAAACAUGCUUGUUGGCGUAGCUGGGGCUGGAGUUCUUGCAGGGUAUGAUAAACUGUAUCGAAUUAAAAAAAGUCUCGAAGUAAGCCAGUGAAUAGUUGAAUGGAGGGAGAUGUAUCAGAUAGCUGUCAAGGUAAAUGGCCUAACUUGUACAUUUGUGUACUUGGAAAGAUUUACAAAAAGCAGAAAUGAUGAAGUUUUAGUAUGAUUAAAAAAAGAAGAGAAAUUCUUGCAUUGGAAUUGUACAGUUUGAUGAGAACCGGGUGUAACUCAAUAGUAACACCAUUCAUUAAAUUUGAUUUCUGUCUGGUUAUCACCCAUUGUGUUUCUUGUUGGCGCAUAAACAUCACCGGGAUACGAGUAGAAGCAUGGAUGAGAUUUUUUUUGUCGUCCAUUCAUUGAUGCAAUUGUUAUAGUCAUUAAAUAUAAAAGCAUGCUAUCUUGCAGAGUCAACUAUAGAUGUUUAGUGAUAGUGUUUCUGUUCUUUCAAAAGUAGUGUAAAAUUGAGAUAAGAGAUAUUGGUAAGUGUGACCAAGUUUUCCUA